AUGUCACACCUGCCGGAACAUGGAACUGCAGACGGAGUGAUUGCUAAUGCAACCAGCCCUGAUCACACCACCAACCCAAGCUAUGCCGAAUUUCAUAACCACCAACACGACUAUACCUCGGUGACAUCACCAUACAACACUCAAGGAUCCACUAUCCCGUCAGAACACACCAGCGACUCUGUUUCCGUGUCUCUGGUGGCAUCUUCAGUCAACAAUACUACCACCUCUCCUUACUUCAGCGUGGCUGGAAUACAGAUCUCCCAGCUGCUUCAACCGGACUCGUUAAGUCCAUGGUCUCCGGCUUCGCACGCAGGUGCGAUACAUGCAGGAUCUCCACUGACCCACAGAGAAGCUUACCUGGUACAUCACUUUGCAACGCACCUCGGGAAAUGGCUUGACUGCACAGAUGCUUCCCGUCAGUUCACUCGGAAAAUUCCCAUCCUGGUCAAGCAAUCGCCAAUCCUGCUGUAUGCUGUGCUUUCUUACGCGUCCCGGCACGUCGGAGAUGCCGAAAUGGCCGAGCAGGCGCAUGAGCGGUGCGUAGAACUAUUGAUCCCCUUCCUGAGCUCAGAAACGGUUGCCAACGAUGAUAUUCUGCUGUGUACCAUUGUCAUCCUGCGGGUGUUUGAACAGUUAAACGUCAUGGUAACCGGCAGCGAUCAAGAGCGUCAUUUAGCCGGCUGCUCGGCUCUGCUCCGGGCAUCGCAAGGACGAGAGGUGGACCCCUCGGCCCCGAGGUUGCGGCACGCGGCUUUCUGGGUGUACCUGCGUCAGUGCCUGUACAAUGCGUGUGUGCAUCAGCAGUCUCCCAAUGUGGAUUUGGACUUGGUUCUCAUUCCCCCCUCCGGGCGGAGGUGA